AGGACGCAUUUGCAGAAUAACCCACAAAGGCAAAAACAAUCCAACACCCGUGUGAUCGGUUGACACAUUCUCUCUUAAGAGCUUUCCCGUCGACCGAUCGCAUACACAUAUCAAUCAUCAUGGACAUGAAGAAGAUUGCCUUUGUCGUCCUUGUCGCCGCCGUCUGUAUGUCCGCAGUUAUGGCGGCCGUGCCCAAGUCCAAGGCAGGUGCAAAUCCCUUAACCGCGACAGUUGGUGCCGCUGCCCCGGCUCCUGACGCAGCAGCCCCUGCUCCUGACUCAUCUGCACCUGCACCUGCAGCUUCCUCCGCCAACACCGUAGUUGGUUCCUUGGCCGGAGCUGCGUUCGUGUCCUUCUUGGCCCUUUACGUCCAGUAAGUGACUCAAUCAACACUAGAGGUUUGAAGGAGAAGGAGAUGAAGGCUAACAAUUUAUUUGGGGUUAAACACAUGUGUAGUCCUCCAUUUGUAUGCAUGCAUGUCUUAUUUUCAGGGUGUGUGCGUGUGAAUCGUGUGAUAUGUACCCCAAUAAAUGAAUCAAAAUAGUUUUUCGCGUGCGAA